UAUACCGUGUGACAGCCAACAACAAUGCUGAGAUUUAAUUGGCAAAUGUUAGAAUCCAGGGCUUUGCAUAGUAGUCAUGACUGCAACCCAACCCAGGCCAACGCUAUACAUUGCAAAAAGAAAUUAUUUUUUUCGCCGAGGAAAUCUAAAUGGCCAAGCGCGUCAUUGUAAAUUCAUCAAAAGAAAUGGUUGGAAGAUACAAGUUUGGACUUGGUCUUGUGUGUAUCUUCAUCAACACAUGUUACGGGUCAACUUCCUAUGCCGUCCGAAAUUCUUUUUAAGUGAUAGGUCUCAUAUAUAUAUUUUAUACAAAAGUUCAUCUUAAUCCUUAAAAAAAUAAUCAUUUCAGUAAUUGCAAUGUGCAAGUAAUCUCUUCAUUUCCUCCUUAGAUCAUGAGAUUUCCAAAAGGAUUCAACUUACAAUGAAGAACCAAGAACUGGGUACUGCCACACGGGUUAUAAUCCUGGCAAUGGUGAUAUCAGUGCUAUCGCUAUUUGUUUUAGUCGGAGUUCUUGUCCUGAUUCACAUCUGUGUAGUAUUGAGGGAGUUUAACAGAAGAACCGACAACAUUAAUAUGGCAGAGAGAGGGAGCACCAGCAUGUCCAUGUCCAAGGAGGAUAUAGAAAAGCUUCCUUGCUUCUUUUUUCAAGCCAAAGAGAAGGGAACUAGUACUCCAGUGGACUGUGCAAUUUGUUUGGAAAAUUUCAAGGUGGGUGAUAAGUGCAGAAUGUUGCCUCAAUGCAACCACAGUUUUCAUGCUGAAUGCAUAGACUUGUGGCUCCUGAAGUCUCUCUAUUGUCCAAUUUGCAGAACUAGCACCGAUAUUCUGAACGGCUGUUCCAUAUCUGCAGGAGAAAGCAGUGGAAGUGGUCAAACGAGACAAGAAUUGAGUUGAGAGAGGGUCAAGAAAUUGAUAAAUCUAAUUAGUUGAUAGCAAGUAAACUCGUCUCUAUUCCUGGUUUACCAAAGAGCUCCAUUUCCACACACCAGAUGUUCAGU